GGCGCCUGCCCGCGGAUGAGCCACAGGACUUCCUCCACCUUCAGAGCGGAGAGAAGUUUCCAUUCCUCCUCCUCCUCCUCUUCUUCCUCCUCGUCCUCCGCCUCCCGAGCCCUCCCGACCCAGGACCCACCCAUGGAGAAGUCCUUGAGCAUGUUUUCAGAGGAUUUUGGCAGCUUCAUGCGGCCCCACUCAGAGCCUCUGACCUUCCCAGCCCGCCCUGCAGGGCCUGGCAAUAUCAAGACCCUGGGAGACGCCUAUGAGUUUGUGGUGGAUGUGAGAGACUUCUCACCUGAAGACAUCAUCGUUACCACCUCCAACAACCAAAUAGAGGUGCGGGCUGAGAAGCUGGCAGCUGAUGGCACAGUCAUGAACACCUUUGCUCACAAGUGCCAGCUGCCAGAGGAUGUGGACCCAACAUCAGUGACCUCGGCUCUGCGGGAAGACGGCAGUCUCACCAUCCGGGCGCGACGUCACCCACACACAGAGCAUGUCCAGCAGACCUUCAGGACAGAGAUCAAAAUCUGA